AUGUUCUCAACCACCACCCGCCCCGCGGGUCAAUCUGUGUUUGGCGGCGGCGGAAGCAGUUUGUUUGGCCAAUCAACCAAUCCACAACAACAGCAACAGCAGCAGCAGCAGCAACAACAGCAGCAGCAACAACAACAACAACAUGCUCUCGGCCAGUCGCAAGCGACUUCCAACCCGCAGCCGAUCGGGUCAUUAUGGCAGCCGCAAACCCACUCUGGUUACCAGAAGCCUAUCCCCGAGCAAAUUAAGCUAAUCACGGAGAAAUGGGACCCGACAAAUCCUAACUGCGCCUUCAAGACUUACCUCUACAACAAGGUCGACGAGCACACAGUACCGCUGUACGGGCCUGGGCCGAACGAGGACCCGAAAGAGUGGGAGGAAGCGCUGCAGCACAAGCCGGCUCCCAACUUCAUCCCCGUGCUCUGCGCCGGCUUCCCGUCGAUUAUUGCGCGACUGGUGCUCCAGCGGCGGGUCAUCACUGAGUUCAACAACAAAUUGCACGCCAUAAACUCCAGCCUAGACGCAAUACUUUCGCGCCACGACCUUGAGCACACGGUGCGCGCCUUCAACGCGCGGAGAAGGCAUGCCGAGCUAAGCAAGCGCUGUCUUGUUCUGGCUUCAAGGGUCCAGGUGCUUCGAAACAGGGGAUAUGCACUGAGCGGUGAUGAAGACGAGCUGAAGCAGAAGCUGCUGAAGAUCGACAAGAGCAUCCAGGAUCCGGCUUUGAGCGCGCGGUUGGAGGAGCUCUGGAGCCGGCUUAUCAUUCUGAGGGGCUAUGCAGACAACCUCAAGGACGAGAUCAACAAGCCUGGUUUUGCCGAGAACGAUGGGCUGGGCGAGGAGAUUGAGGCAAAGGCUAAGAAGGUCGGUUCGCGCGGCAGACUCGGCGAUGCAGUACAUUCAAAUCUAACGCUCCAAUGGCAGAUACUCGAGGACUACGACAAGCAACUCCAGCAUCUCAAGAAGCAGGUUGAGGAGGCCAAGAGGGAUUUUGAGGAAUGGGAAAAGGUGCACAAUCCCAAACCAGCCCCUAAGCAGGCAACGGGGAAACCCGCAACGGCAGCCCAAUAG